AUGCGGCGGACUAGACAACAAACAGAGCAUGAGCUCGAUGAUCUCAACACCUCUAGUCCCGAAAUUGAACACGAUGCAAGUGUCAGUCUCGCAUUCCCAGAUGGUGGACGUGAAGCAUGGACUUCCCUGCUAGGCUCAAGCCUAAUAAUGUUUCCUUCAUUCGGAUUCCAAACAGCCAUCGGAACAAUCCAAGACUACAUCAGCACCCACCAGCUAUCAGCAUACAGCGUCGCCGACGUCGGCUGGAUAACCGCAAUCCUAUGCUUCCUAACCCUAUUCCUAGGAGUCCAAGUUGGCCCGCUAUUCGACCGCCACGGUCCACGGAUGCUACUCAUAAGCGGCUCUCUCGCCAGCGUAACAUCAUACCUCCUCCUCGCCCAAUGCACCCAAUACUGGCAUUUCAUGCUCUGCCUCAGCAUCAUGGGCGGGAUAUCCUCCGCCGUCGUAACAACAGUCGCGAUCUCCGUGCUUAGCCACUGGUUCUACCGGCGGCGCGCACUCGCAUCAGGACUAUGCAUGUCCGGCUCCUCAGCCGGCGGCGCAAUUCUCCCUCUCCUCCUGCGCAGCCUAUUCCAGAAAUACGGAUGGACAUGGUCCAUCCGGAUUAUUGCAUUUAUCGCGCUCGGGUGCUAUGCGUUGGGGAUCGCGCUGGUGAAGGGUAGAUUGGCGCCGGCCGGGAACGCCAGUCGGGCGACGAUUGACUUUCGUGCGUUCAAGGCGCCGAGGUUGUGCUUUUUGGCUGUUGCGGUGUUUGCGUUUGAGUUUAUUAUCUUUGGUUGUGCGGCGCUGCUGCCGACGUAUGUGCGGUAUACGGGGUUGGAUCUUGAUGUGCAGUUUUAUUCGUUGACGGUGCUGAAUUCGAUGAGUCUGCUGGGCAGAGUUUUGCCGGGUGUUGCUGCGGAUCAGGUUGGUCGGUUCAAUAUUCUGCUUUCGAUGGCUGUUGUUACGAUGCUGGUUAUGGCUGCUGUGUGGAUUCCGUUCGGAUCUCGCGAUGAGGCGACGCUGUAUGCUGUGGUCGCGAUUUUCGGCUUUGGAUCUGGAGGCUGGGUCUCUCUUGCUCCGGUGUGUGCGGGUCAAUUGUGUCGCACGGAGGAUUAUGGCCGGUUCUAUGGGACCAUUUAUUGUGUUGCGGCUUUUGGAGUACUCUUGACUGUGCCGAUCGGAGGACAACUCCUGCAGUCAACAACCCCUCAGGCCCUAGUGGGCUUUUAUACUGCAGUUUUGUUCAUUGGGUUGGUGAGUGUUGCUAUGUCGCGAUGGGCUUUAUUAGAUUGGAAGUGGAAGUGGAAGGUUAAGGUGUGA